CUAUAUAAAUCCGUUUUACUAGAUAAUACCUUGAAUAUAAAAAUAUUUCUUGUAGUGAUAUCCCCUGUGGGGCGUGCCCAUCGACAUCGAUUUGGACUGUUUCGUGCGCUGGGGAAAAUGUUUCAAAAUUGAUGUUCACCUUCUGCCAUGUUUGCCAACCCUCCUUGGAAGUCGGGGGACUCCUCCUAAUGACUCGGAAUAUGUUUUGCUGUAUUCGUAGCAUUAACAUUCCUUCGCAGCCAAAAAUGUCUUCAGAACAUAUAGUGGAUGUUGCGCAAACAGGCUUAAGUAGAACUCACCCGAGUAAGUAG